AUGGAGCAGCCAGAGACGUUAAUCGUCUUCCUACUCCUCGACGAUAAGGGCAACAUCAAAGCGGGUCUCCUCCUACGGUUCUUUAUCGGUGCGCACACUACUACAGAGACCAUCGUCGAUGUCGUCAAGGAUUACUACAGUAUCCAUGAUAGUCAUGGUGUCAAAUUUCAAGAUCCACGGGGCAAUAUCCUCACUGCUUCGUACGAGGGCCUGAGCCACGGUGUCACAGUCUGUGUCAGGACUGUGUCUUGCCCAGAGCAUGGCAUACCCGACCACUUAUACAGUCAGCACUAUCGCUAUCAUCUUACCAACAACAUCAUGCUUUGCCAUGCAGGCUCAUGCCCUCCUAAGCCCGACGAUACUGCUACAACACCAGCAGCGCACUCGACCAGUCUGACCCACCUCGCGAAAAGCAGGUUCAUCACUGCUCCAAAGCAUUCCAGCAUGGAUCUCGCCAGGGCUAGCGCCAGCACCCACCGCCACGCCCGCCCACCCUCGGGCAUCAUCAAGAGCAUACCAGCAGCACCUACACUGCCCCGACCUACGAAGAAGAGAGUAAUGGUCUUGUACGACGGCAAUAGGCGACUUACCGAAGACGAGAUGGUGGGGGAUCGCGCGAACGAGAACGAGACUGGGUCUUUACCGGAUUCAAGCACGAAUUCAGUUAAGACACGUGACAACGAUAAGGAACUUGAGAAUCGACUCACUCGCAUUGAAGAUGGCCUCGUCAGUCUUCAGACAAAGGUGGACAAGAUGUUUGAUCGUCUUGACACAACGAUGGAGAAGAUCCUCGAUAUGCUUGAUGCCAAUACUGCUGCUCUGAGGAACCUGAACGGCAGGAAAAGCGAAAGGAAGAGUACCAACGACCCGUACCUGUCGAUGUGA